AUGGACAUCAAUAUCACCAAAUUGCUCAACGACAAGCUCUACGACAAGCGUAAGAGCGGAGCACUCGAGCUCGAGGGCCUCAUACGAGAUGCACUCUCUGCCCAGGACCACGACAGGAUAGCCAAGAUUGUGCACCAGCUCUGCCAUGAGUAUGCAUAUGCUGUCCACCAGCCCCACGCUCGAAAUGGUGGCCUCAUCGGUCUUGCGGCCGCCUCGAUAGCGCUGGGACCGGAAGUUGCUCGCUAUCUCGAAGAAAUCGUACCCCCAGUCCUUGCCUGCUUCGGCGACCAAGAUGCGCGUGUUAGAUACUACGCCUGCGAGAGCAUGUACAAUAUCGCAAAGGUUGCAAAGGGAGAGAUUCUCGUCUACUUUAAUCAAGUAUUCGAUGCUCUCUGCAAGAUGGCAGCAGAUUCGGAGCUGUCCGUCAAGAACGGAGCAGAACUGCUCGAUCGCUUGAUCAAAGACAUCGUCUCCGAGUCCGCCGCAACCUAUGUCUCGAUACUCCAUACUCCGCCUGAACACCAAGACCACUCAGCCCCUGACGAUCACGAGCCGCAUCCACACGACCUGCCAACCGCUUUCAAUCUCGAACGCUUCUUACCCCUCCUUGAAGAGAGGAUCAACGUCAUCAGCCCUUUCACACGCUCAUUCUUAGUCGCAUGGAUAACCUUGCUAGACUCAAUUCCAGAUCUAGAACUCAUUGCCCACCUGCCGCGCUUCAUGCGUGGCCUCUUCAAGUUUCUUAGCGACUCGAAUCAAGAUGUGUAUACCAUGACGCAGGCCGCGCUAGAUAGGUUCCUGAGUGAGAUCAAAAAGAUUGCCCGAAUAAAGAAGGGUAUAGCAGAGAGCAAGAAGAGUCGCAGCAAAGAUGAACAUAGGCAUUCCACUUCAAGUCUUCAUAGCAGCCCCGGCGACGAUGAGAGUGAGGCUAGGAGCAGUACGCCGUUUGAGCAUCAAGAGGCCGCCGACGACAAGGAAGACGCUAGCGGAGAGAGUGGCUCGGUCUCUGGAGACAGUGGAAAAUCUGUCAACGGAGACGGCGACUGGGUGCCUGGUCAAGAUGUGCAUGUUGACCACCCUAAGAUCUUGGAGAUCUUGGUUGACUUCCUGAUCGCGCCAUCGGAUACGGAGGACGAGCAAACGGAGAUACUGCUGACUGCCCUUCGCUGGAUCGACAACCUAUUCGACAUCUGUCCAGAAGACAUCAUGCCGUUUGUCCCAAGCCUCUUAUCGCACGUUCUACCAAGAAUGUCCCAUGAAGUGGAUACAGUUCGUAAGGCAGCUGUCAAGGUCAAUGCCUCAUUGAUGGACUACAUCCUGUCGUUGUCCGACGACAACCGCCGACCAGAUGGCACCGCAGGCGGCCAGAUCCAGCUACCACCAUCGCUGUCGGAGCUGGGCAAAGAGCUCACAGGUGCACAGCGAAGAGAUUCAAACUUAUCUGGACGCUUGCUGAAGGCGGUGAUACGGGACCAGGCAAACAAGGCAGAAUCGCCGGAGGGCAAGGGCACGCAAUCGCCUACACCGGCAGAAGGUGACCGCGGUCCUUCUCCGCGCCCAAUACCUGAGCUCGAUUAUCAAGCAGCAGUUAGUGCUCUCACCUUGCAGUUUCUGAACGAGCACGAAGCCACCCGAGUCGCAGCUAUCGCAUGGCUGAUAAUGCUACAUAGAAUGGCACCGGGCAGAAUACUCACAGUAGAUGAUGGAACCUUCCCGGCACUGCUUAAGACGCUCUCGGAUCCUUCAGACGCCGUCGUCACCCGGGACUUGCUAUUACUUUCACAGAUUUCCCUGCAUAGUGACGAUACAUACUUCACUUCUUUCAUGGUCAAUCUCCUGAAGCUGUUCUGUACUGAUCGAAGAUUGCUUGAGACUCGCGGAAAUCUGAUCAUCAGACAACUAUGUCUAACCCUCAGCGCAGAGAGGAUAUACCGUACGAUGGCCGACUGCCUGGCCAAAGAUGAGGACGUCGAGUUCGCGAGCAUAAUGGUUCAGAAUCUCAACAACAAUCUCAUCACCGCACCUGAGCUAGCAGAUUUGAGGAGGCGACUUAGGAAUCUAGACAACAAGGAUGGCCAAUCAUUCUUCGUUACACUUUUCAAGGCCUGGUGCCAUAACGCCGUGGCUACCUUCUCGCUUUGUCUUCUUGCUCAAGCUUAUGAACAGGCAUAUCAUCUUCUUCAAGUCUUUGCCGACCUUGAGAUGACGGUCAAUAUGCUCAUACAGAUCGAUAAGCUGGUCCAGCUUCUCGAAUCUCCUGUCUUUACGUUCAAUGAUAUCACAGAUCUCCGCAUCCAGCUCCUCGAACCCGAACGAUACCCCCACCUUUACAAAUGCCUCUAUGGGCUCCUCAUGCUCCUCCCCCAAUCAUCAGCCUUCGCGGCUCUCAAGAACCGCCUGAAUAGCGUGGCUGCCAUAGGCUACCUCCACAUCGCGCCACGAACGAGCACGUAUGUUCCCACCUCCUCCCCCACAUUGAACCACUUGAGGCAGAAGAGCUCAGAAGUCGGUCCUCCUAGUGCCCCCUCCGGCCCCUCAGGCGUGUCGAAUUUCGAGCGGCCGAACCGUCUUAAGGCCAGAGAAGAGGGAAGUGUGAAGUGGACGGAGUUGCUAGACAGAUUCAAGGCGACACAAGAGAAGGCACGACGCAGCCAGAGGAUGGCGAGUUUAGGUGAAGAUUUGGAGGUUGAUGAGGAGAAGGAGAGGAGGAUGGGUCCGCCACCUGUGCCACCGAAGAAUGCGGGACUGCGACCGGGGAGUCCGGCGGGGCCUAUGAGAGCAGCGAGUAAUCCGCCAGCAGCGCAGAAUGCACAGCCUGGCCAUAAGCCAAGAGGUAGUCUCGGUAACCUCGGUCGAUUCGCUGGCGGCGUGGCUGGGCGAAACAAGAAGAAAUAA